AUGUCAGACCGGGCUACGAAGGAGCGUCAGUUUGGCUAUUAUGCCAGAGUUUUAGUAGAUGUGGAUCUUGCCAGGGAAUUACCAUCUUCGUUGAUGAUCGAGCGUGAAAAUCAUUGUUUUCCCAUUGAAGUGGUCUAUGAAAAUUUGUGCACCCAUUGUGGUUUGGUUGGCCAUACUGCUGAUCGUUGUAAGCAACUAAACGACAAGGAACAAAGGAACAAGAAACAGCGUGGGAAGCCUUCUCAGCCUUUGACUACUGUAGUGCGUCAAGAGUACAGGGUAAAGCGUAAUGUGGUCACUUCUGAUAUUAGGCAUGAUAUGCAGAUGGUCUAUGCUUCUCCACCAAAUAUGACUAAUGAAAUUGUUACAAAGGAUCAACAUGCUGCUCCAACUCUGACAGUUGAUGACGACUCUCCUAGGGUCCAAUCUUCUGAAAGGGAAUUGGUAGAAAUUGCUCAGUUUGCACAAACCGUUAUUGAAGAGGCGGCUUUGGGUGAAAUGGAGACUAUUGCCCAGCGAGUAAUAGAGGAGCCAUUGGAAGCAACUAUUGAAGUUGCUAAUGCAAGGAAGGAUGACUUGAGCUCCUCGGAAACGACUGAACAAGUUCUUGAGGAGCAUUUUUCUCUGGAAAAUGCAGCAGGUGAGUUGACAAAAGGGAAAACUAGUGGCCAUGACUUAACUGAGGAAGACCAGUGCACAACUGGUAUUGAUGGAACCCCGCCUAGGGGGCAAUUUGAAAUGCAAGCAGUGAAUUCUAUGAUGGGGGGUGAUACAGGCCUUAAGAAUAUGACCCUUGUUCUUUCUAAAGGGCAGAAAAAGAGACUCCGCAAACAGCAAAGAGAGGAAAAGCAGCCAGAAGAGGGCACUGUGGAUCGUUACCCCGCAAGAAAUAGGGGUCCUCCUCAUAAGCUUAAUUUAUGA